AGUUUUCGGUUUUUGUGCACGUGUACAAUUAAUUAUUUCUUUGUGGUAGCUCAUUACAUUUAAAAAAAAAUGUAAGUUUUUAUAGAAACACACCUUUGUUUAAUUGAAGUUUUAUUACUAACAUCUUUAUAACAAGUGCGAUGACACAAUCUUCUACUCUUGCCGAUCAAGUAAUUUGUAAAGCGAAACUGUUAAGAAUGUAACAUUUCUUAUAUAUUUUUCAAGUGAUUAGUAAGUGUUGAAUUACCAGAGAUAAAAAUGUCAAAUGUAAACGUUGCAAUAUCUCGCAGCAAUAUGGCAACUGAUCAUGAUCAAGCUGGAGACUGCCCUGAUGAUGUAGAAUCUGUAGAGGAGGAGGAACUUAACCAGGAAAUUUCUAGACAAAUUGAAAACUUUCCACAUGUGUAUGCAGCUCUUCAAAGUCAAAGAAAUGCUGAAAUGCUUGCACUUUUGCCACUCUCAGUAAAAAGACGAAUCAAAGCUUUGAAAAAACUUCAGUUAGAUACCACUAACAUUGAGGCAAAGUUUUUCAAAGAGGUGCAUGAUUUAGAAUGUAAAUAUCAUAAAUUGUACCAACCUUUCUAUGAAAAGAGAAAUACAAUUGUUAAUGGUACCUAUGAACCAACUGAUGAAGAAUCUCAAUGGGCAUCUGACGAUGAAUCGGAUCUUCCUGAAGCAAUUAAGGAAAAGAUUAAGUUGGAUGAUACAAAAAAAGAAACUGAGGCUGCCGAUGAGAAGGGCAUUCCUGAUUUUUGGUUGACAAUUUUCAGAAAUGUUACUUUGUUGUCAGAUAUGGUUCAACCUCAUGAUGUUCCAAUACUAAAGUGUUUGACUGACAUCAAGACUAUUUGCAAGGAAGACCCAAUGAAAUUUAUUUUAGAAUUCCACUUCUCUGCCAAUGAAUACUUCACCAAUACUGUCUUAACUAAAGAAUAUGAAAUGAAAUGUGCUCCAGAGGAGGAUGAUCCAUUCAGCUUUGAGGGCCCUGAAAUAUUCAAGUGUACAGGUUGCACAAUAAACUGGAACAAAGGCAAAAAUGUCACUGUGAAAACCGUCAAGAAGAAACAAAAACAUAAGAGUAGGGGUGUGAUACGUACAGUAACCAAAACUGUUCAAAAUGAUUCCUUUUUCAACUUCUUCAGUCCUCCAACCAUUCCUGAAGAUACUAAAGAAGAAGAUGUAGAUGAAGACUUGAGAAAUUUGCUCACAACAGAUUUCGAGAUUGGUCACUACAUAAGGGAAAGAAUUGUACCCCGAGCUGUGCUUUUCUUCACAGGAGAAGUUUGUGAAGAUGAGGAUGAGUUUGAAGAAGAGGAGGAAGAGGAUGACGAUGAAGAUGAUGGGGAUUCAGAUGAUAAAGAAACUGGAGGAAAGGUUAAUAAGGAUCAAAAUUGUAAACAACAAUAGACCAUUUUGCUGAUACUAGGAUAUAAAUUUUACCUUUUCAGUUAUCCCACUCCUUUCCAACUGUGCUUCGAUAUUAUUAUAAAUUAUUUGUUCUUUCAAUAUGUUAUGGAAAAAAAUUAUUUGCAUCGAUUUAUAGAAUUCUGUUGAAAUUGACAGUUUUGUAGUCAGCCUUGUCCAGUUGUAAUAUUUCUAAAAUUUGUUUUGUAAGAAAUAUAUUAAUAAAAUCAUUUCAUAUUA